AUGAGUCCUCAGGAUCUCGGAGGAUGCCGUCGUUGGAUAUCUAAGGAAGUCAUGACUAUUAGAGCACUUGGGCAUUGUAUGAGCUCUGGAAAGACACUGUCAGGUGUCUUGGCCAAGUUGGUUCUAGGACAAGCCGCCAAAGGUCCAACACCGCGUUCAUUAUGCUUCGUGUCUGGCCAGGCUUUCCGCUUCUAUCUCAAGGCCCAUAACGACGGCUACUCCGUAAGCAAUAUCAACAACCUGCCAACGGGACAAUCGACCUUCUGUAUUGUUGCGGUGCUGGUGGUAUGCCGUUGGGCCGAUGUCACUGGCAAGCGUUGGUUGUCUUCCAUCUUGAUCCGCGGUCUCAUGGACGUCGUCUCGAUUUACAUGGCCGCCUGGAAUAUCUUCCGUUCAUGUUUCCGGGUUUGGCGAUGCCCUGAACCCGCUAUGCAUGUCUUAUACAUUAGAAGUCACGUUCAGAUCUGUUGA